GGUUGCAUCCGACUGCGCUCCCGAGGCUGUGAUUGGUCUCUGCUGUUGCCACUGCCCCGAUCCCCACCAAUGCUGACUCCAGAAGCAGUGAAUUUGCCCGCCUGCACGCUCGGUUGCAACCAUCGCUAAUGCUGACUCUGGGAGCAGUGAAUUUGCCCGCUAGCGCACUUGUUCCUGCCUUGGAGAGAGAAUCUUUUGCUCCCGGGUCCGUGCCAAUAACCUGCCCGCCCGUCUCCACGCCAAUUCCCUGCAAUGGGCAAUAACUGCUUUGGCUUUAAGAAAUGGCUGAUUCAGCGGCUGCGGCCUCUGCCCACCCUGCUUAUCGUCCCUGCCCUCAUGCCCCAGAGCAAGAGCAAAGACUACCGCGUCGUGGUGCUUGGCGAUGCUGGUGUGGGCAAGAGCGCGCGGGUGCAGAAGUGGGUGCGUGGCCACUUCCGCGAUGCGUACCUGCCGACCAUCGAAGAUACCGACUGCCAGGUGCUGAGCUCCAAGCACGGUGUCGGGGUGCUGCGCAGCACCGACACCACGGGCAGCCACCGCUACCCGGGUUUGCAGCGCCUCGCCAUUGCCAGGGGCCCUGCUUUCAUCCUGGUUUACUCAGGCGCCAAGAAGCAAACCCUGGAGGAGCUGAAGCCUUUCUAUGAGCUGAUCCGCAAAGUCAAAGGCAACACCUUGCAGAAGUACCCUAUCGUGCUGGUGGGCAACGAAUGCCAAGAAAGCCACUGGGAGUUGCCGGUAAGUGACCGCGCCACUUGCGCCUGCGCUUUGGAGUGGCAUUGCGCCUUCUUGGAGACCUCCGCUAAGAUGGAUAGCAGUGUGCAGGAGCUAUUUCGCACACUGCCGAACCAGAAGAAGCCUGCCAGCUGCCUUCGCCAUCCCCAGAAGAAAUCCCAGAUACCCAAGACCGCGGAGAAGCUGCUUAGCAAGUGCAUCGUCAUGUGAGCCCCGGGGUCUUAGGAUCCUGACCUCCUUCCCCCUCAGUGUGCAGAAAACAGGGAGCCGUCCCAGUGUAAUGUGUUACCUGUGCGUGAACGACUUCUGUGCCGCGGUUUAGGUAAUAACUAGACGCCAGCAAAUGUCCCUUGUAAGUUGAUAGCUUUCCUUUUUCCCAUCCAAGAGAAUUCAGAUUGUUAAAGCUCUAGCACUCGAGGAGGAGGACAGGGAAAAAAGGAGCGCUAUGCAUUUAGAGACUUCUUGUAUAGACUUUAGAGAUUCAUACUUGAAAAGGAGAAUGAAAUGCUGAAAUGAAUUGAAAGAGGCCACUGCUCUUCUUGUAACUCUGAUUAUCGUGUCAUUUUAAAACACUCCAAGUCCUAUAAAGUCGCCAUUGUGUAUUUAAUUGUUUAAAAAAAAAGUGUUUUUGCAACAAAACCCGGCAGAUGACUUUUAGAUAGAUAUGUUAAGCAAGGUAAAUAAAUGGAUAAUCUAUAGCUGAGCAUUGAGGCUGGGGGCAGAGAAAAUAGUGGAACUUGCUUACUAAAUAUGUGCCGAUUGUUUUUGAAGUCAUUUAAAAACAUUUGGGUAUUCCGUGUAGCAGUUUUUGUGACUCAAUAAAGCUUUUCCUGCAUGCAA